CGCCGUGGCUGCAGCCUUCGACGGUGGUGAAGCUCAUCAAAGGACAACUAUGGGCGAACGAGGCGACGAGUUCGACUGGCGAAUUACCGAUGGGGAGCGACAGUGCAUCGAUCAACUCGAACAGGCCCCCGAUUUGGAGAGCCAGAUUCAAGACGAGCGUGACAGAUCUUCUCAAAAGAUGUGGUUCCUCUUUCAGAGUUCGGCUGCCUACGUAGCCCAGCUGUACAAAGAUCGCCACCAUGAAGUGUGCCUGUGGAGCCCUUUUCAGAACGCCGCCACGAGCAUCACUGACCUCUACAAAGAGUCCCUGGAGACCCACCGUCGGGUGAGUGAACUGGUCUACCAAUCAGGCUAUCAGCGUUGCACCAAAGACAUCCUGGCCUGGGUCAGGAAGCGCAAGAACCACAUUCGGCGUGAUGAACUACUUUCCUUUCUGUGCGGUAUGACACCGCACCGUCUCCAGCACCAUGGCUGGACCUCGCCCAGGCCUCGCCAGUCCUACGAGCCCCGUGCGGCGGUCGCUGCGCCGCCGUCAUCGAUGCUCAGCCUUGCCGCCACAGGGGGGUGCUCGACCACCGUGGGUUUGGGGGACCCCAAUGAUGUUAACCUGGACACAUUCUGUGGGGCACUGGCCUUUUCGUCAGCUCUGUCUUCAGGCCAAGGCCACAGCGGAGACAGCACGUCGCCGCCCGAAUUCCGCACUGCGGCCAGCCUGAGCAUCUUCACCUCCGAAGAAUGCGCUCGUCAGCUUGAGACACGCAAGCGGAGUGCUCCGGAAAACACUACUUCCGAAGAUGUUGUAAUGGACUCGCCGACGCCCAAACGGUCGCGCCUCAUCUGA